GACAUGACAUGAGCUCCAAAACAAAACAACUGACUGAAUACAAAAUAUAAAACCGCUGCGUGCGAGCGAAUUGGAUAUUUCUUUUUGUUUUUAUUUGAAUGUAAAUAGUGUCUGUGUGCACUUAAGAAUUUAGCAAAUUUUAUUUUUGUUGCAAUUAAAUUGUACAAAUUAUAUCUAUCGGUGUGACUUAAUUGCAAGUAUAAACAUGAACGAAGAGGAGCUUGCUAAUUGUCAGUUCGUGCCAUUCAGUACUAUGGAAAAAGUAAUGACAAUUCUAGACAAACCUUAUAAGGAGCAAGAUUAUCGUUUCUGCAAAAGAGAUUUAUACAAAGUACAAUCUGAAAAGGUUAAUCCGGGAAUGGGGAAAGGUACUUCUGAAUUGAAGUGUAGGUACCAGUUGGCUUUGUCUCGUGCUAUUUACUCACACGAUUGGGAUAAACUUUUGUACUUGCUGAAGAAGUCGCCUAUAUUUCAUCAUUUCUCGCACACAUCAAGAUAUGUUUUGGAUCGACUGAAUGUUUAUAUUAGGGCCAUGAUAAUUCUCUUCAUGUUCCACCCUGAGGCCAAGAGCAAGCAACUGCUCCAUGAGUACCUCCACAUGGUGUGCACCUGCCGUACAGAACAGGAGAAGCGGGCUUUGAUGCGAGUCAUACUGACUCUGCCUGAGAAACUUCACUUUAUGAGAGCUCCUCCACUCAGGAAAUUGAAUAAUGAUUAUGAUUGAACCAUUUGAUCUUUUACUCAGCCCAUAUUUCUAAAAUAAUAUGAGAGACAGUUAAACAGCACGAAGGAAGUCAUUGGAUGUGGUGCCACAGUUGAUGACAACAACUAUGCAAAUGAUUAGCACAUAUUGGUUGAGACUUCUGUCAUGUCCAGACCAGUCUAGUACAUACUAAGUUAUUACAUGUAAAAAUCUUCUGCUGGAUAAAAAAUUGUUCCUAAUAAAUUUAUAAGUAUGU